CGAAUUCAAAAAUUUUUAUUAACCUAGAAAUCAUGAAAAAGUGAAUAUGUUAAAAUUAUUUGAAUUUUAGAGUUAAAAGUUAUAGUAAUAUUAAUUUUAUCUACAUAUUACCUUUAAUAGUUAUAGUACCUAAUUAUCUAUUUAAUAUGGACAAUAGUUAUGGAAAAGUACGCGUUUUAUUGGAGGAACUGAUAGAGUUAAGGAAAACUGUUCCUCAAGAAAUAUCCGACUUUUAUGCGCUAAGUAGCAAAGAAAUUUUGAAAUAUAUAAAUGCCGUCAAAAUAAACCUUCGUCAGAAUGACCAUUUUAAUAGUGACAACUACUUACUAACUACUCCAUUUGAAAAUCUAAAUAUGAAACAGGCUUAUCAAUUUGAUAAUGGACAGCUGGAAAAGACAUAUGAACAAAUACAGCUGUUGCAAAUUCUUAUUAAAAAAAAGAACUGCCCUAUUUCAAAGAUUAUCGACGAGAUAUAAAUUUCAAUUAUGAGGUAUUUUUAUUUAAAAAAUUAUCAACGAUAUAUGAAUUACAAAUAAUCACAAAUAUAACAUAUUUAUAUUUACAUUAUUUUUCUAAUA